UAUGGUUCAUGGGGGAAAACGAAUUGGUUUUGUUUUACAAGAAACGUAGGGCCAUCGUAAAUUAUUAUGAGAGUUUGUAAUAUCGCGCAGCGCACGCCAUGCCGGCACCGGAUACGGUCAGCGCGACAUGACCCGGCGGAUCGUUGAAUGCUACCGGAUGUAGCGCAGUUCGCAGCAAUAACAUUGUUUAUCAUCUAAUAUGCCGAAAAGGGUGAUGAAAGGAGCGAUAUGAGGAGGAGCGAAAACGAACAAGGAGAUUUGGUUAUCUGAAGAGGUUUACGGUUAGUCCCCGAAAUGCAUUUGGUGCGUAAUCAGACAUCAGGAAGUAUUGUUUCAAACGAUCGGGCUACACUUCGGAACCAGCGCAAGCAGACACUUAUUUAAAUAAUACAUUUCAGAAGUACAUAAACAGAGAGAAUGUCCUGGUUCUCUCAAGUGUUACAGAGCUCCAGUGUGCAGCCGCCAUCUCUUGGCAGUGUACCUCCAACACGCACUGGUGCCUCUGCUGCUGUACGGGGCACUGCACCCACACCCGGGCAAGGCUGGCCUUUUUCUCAGCUUCCCACAGCCUCCCUCAGCCUCUCGGAAUUACCCACGCCCCCCUACUCCACAGUGCCCCCUAGCUUGGGGGAGCUGUCCAGCACUUCACUGGAACUGGGGCCAAGGGGGGACCCGGUGCCCCUCUCCUACGUGACCUUGCAAGAGCAGAGGUGUGUUCUCAGCUGGUUCCAGGGCUGGAUGCCGGCCCAGAAGGAGCGCUUCCUGCAGGAUCUGCUGUCCAAGGCCGUCCCAGGGAAGGUGUGCACCCUGCUGGAGCAGCUCAACACACUGCAGGUGCGCGAUCGCCCACCCAGCAUCUUCGAGUGUCAGCUGCGCCUGUGGUCUCAGUGGUUCGAGUCGUGGGCCGAGGAGGAGCGGAACACCUUUCUUCACAGCCUGGAGGAGCAGGACGCUGCGUUUGUUGGCCUCUUUUACAGAGCAGUGGCUGGGACUGCAGGCAGGGAAUGAGGGUGGCACUCUCUGUGGCUGGUUUUACGACAAACUUGGAGUGUCUUGCCAAUGGUGGGAAGGGACAUAAAAACAGCAAGAGAAGAAAUGACUUUUGGCCCAAUGUGACUGGAGGGGAGGGUCACGUGACAUUAUUAUUC